AUACAGCUCCAAAUCCCUAGUGAAAGAGUUGCACUCUAAACAACAUUAGCCUGCAGGAAAGCGAGGCGUAUUAUUUUCUGCUAAUUUGGAWACUUACUAACAGGUACGCUGGAAUUUUCUGAUACCCACUCGGACAUGUCCUAUGUCUUCAUCAAUGACUCGUCGCAGACCAGCGUGCCUCUGCUGCAAGCCUGCAUCGAUGGAGACCUGCCGUUCGCCAAGAGGCUCCUGGAGACGGGGUGUGAUCCCAACAUCCGGGACAACCGGGGCCGCACCGGCCUCCACCUAGCCGCCGCCCGUGGCAACGUGGAAAUAUGUCGCCUCCUGCACAAGUUCGGGGCCGAUCUGUUGGCCACAGAUUAUCAAGGAAAUACAGCGUUGCAUUUGUGCGGUCAUGUGGAUACUAUACAGUUUUUGGUGUCUAAUGGGUUGAAGAUCGAUAUCUGUGCCAUGGAGAGCCACUCUUUACUGAACCCCAACCUGCAGAGCAGCGAGGGCGUCCUGUCCAGCUUCCGCACCACCUGGCAGGAGUUCGUGGAGGACCUUGGCUUUUGGAGRGUCCUGCUGCUGCUGGUGGUCAUUGCCCUCCUCUCGCUCGGCAUCGCCUACUACGUCAGCGGCGUGCUGCCUUUCUCCAGCAGCCAGCUGGAGCUGGUUCACUGAGAGGGGGGAUGAAGACGUAUGAGAGAUGAAUGAAGUUCUGCUUUCUGCUCUGUUAAUAUCAAACUAAAAUGUAGAUUUUGUUCAUUUGCUGCCCAGAUCUCAUCUCUGUAUCAUAUCUAAGUACAAACGUAGAAGGAAAACGUUUCAUUUACCACUAAAAUACAGUCAGCUUAAUUUUCAGUUGUAGGGUUUUACUUAGACAAGUCUAUCAACCAUCAGCGUUAAUGGUUGCUUUUUUUAAAGGUGCAAUUCCACUUUAUUUUCGCUGGGUUAAUUUUCCCUUUCAAAAGGUUUGAGCUGUAAAUAAAAGUAGAACUUUAAAUCCUAACCUGGACCAGCAGUAAAACACCCUGGUUGUGUACUAUCCACCAUAUUCAGCUCCAACAGGAUUGGCUGUUGUGUUAUUCCUUUAGCAAUGUCCUGCAUUAUUUAUUAUUUAAAGCAACAUUUUAGCAAAAAACUACAUUUAUCAUAAAGAUGACAUAUUACAGUACUGUUAAAAAAACAAUGAUCAGUAUUAGUGGAAGUGAUAUUAAUGCCACCAUGGGAGUGGAAACGGUAUAGUUUCUAAUGCCACAUUAGCUGAGCGCUAUGUUGCUAAUGCUAGGUCCURGCCGAGCAUCCUGCAGUCACWAUCUCUGCUGCGCUGCUUCUAAAUAAACAAACAUGCUUAGCCUGGUGGCCCCCAAGGUUUCUAAUACACCGUGGGAAACCCUGAAGAUUUUAACCCCGAAUUUAUACUACAUGCAGAUUUUUUUUAAUCGCAAGUCACUGUCUAUCUUUAUGUUAACAUCUGCUUAAAUUAAAGAAGAAGAAAAAAAACAGUUGUCACAUCWACUUAGUUAGAGCAAGUUUAUGGCUAUAAACAUAAGCUACACUCGAAUAAAAAUGAUUUGUUGAAUUCACUUAACCAAGUGUUUUUUUCAAGUAGUUCCACACAACUAAGUGAAGAGAUUCGCACAACAAAUCCUUUUUUCAAUGUAUAUAUUCUGGAGUCGUUUUAAGAUGGACCAAUUCACAAGAUUUAAGUGCUAUAAAAAUUACAAAACAAGCGGCUUUGGCCUUUAAAUAUAAUGUGCUGCCUGAAAACCUAAUUUAUCUGACAAUUACGACGACGAAUAAAACCGCACACAGUAGUCAUAACAGUCAAAGCCAUGGCUGGUUACACUUCCUAAAUGUUGGAAAACUUUUAGCCUGCAUGUUCCAAUUCUCUAAAGUCUUGGGUUCUGUGACUAAAAGCAUUGUGGUAGACGUAUGCCUGUGGUUAGGGCCGUAAAUCUGCCUGGAGCUGCUCACACAGAUGUGGAAUCAUUGUAUCAAAAGAUUGAAUUAACUCUGGUUUAAAACCAAAGUGCUCCUAAGUCUGUAAAUUCUUUAUAGUCCACAGUUGUGGAGAACAGGGAGGGAUUAUUCGGUCUAAUCCCUUCACAAACACAGACCAUCUUAAACACACCUGCACACAUCUAAUGGAAAGUUGUUGGACUGUUUUACAAACCUGUUAAACAAGUUAUCACCACCCAGACCCAGUCAUACUUAGAAUAUUUAUUAUUCCCACAUUUCUCUACUGCGUAAUAAAUCUGUUUAAAUGUAGCUGCUUUUCAAAGCUUGCCUCACAGUAAACGUGAUGCAGCCACUCCUAACAUUUCCUUCAUGUUGUAUGUUCUGUUACAUGCUGUAUAUUGCUGCUGUUUUUUUAAUUCUUUAUUCUCAGUUAUUUAUUACCUUUAUUCAUUUAUAUCCUGUAAACUGAAUGUUUGAUACAAUCCUGCAUCCCUGCACUCUAUUAUUAUAUUUGCUGUUGUAAUAAGUGCAAGUUAAUCCACAGGACUGAUGUUUGGCCUGCUGACACACUGAGUAGAGAAGCACCUGGACUGUGUGCCUUGUUCCCAGAGAAAACCUCCUCUUCCUGCAGCUUUGUUGCAUUAAUCAGCUGUGUUGUAGUGAACAUCUAACGGUGAUUAAAGUGUAGGAUUGUCCACA